AUGAAACGGAGUCGUCCUCAUCUUGAAGCGAAUGGUGUGGGGUCCUCGAGUUCGUCUCCUCAGGGCGGUCUUCCGCAAUCCGCAACGGACAAUGACUCUCGCCAGCACCCGCUUCAUGUUCCGAAGAUCUCACGAAGGAUACGUGCUUGCACGGAGUGCAAACGGCAUAAGGUCCGAUGUGACAUGAAUGUGGGGGAGACGGUGUGUCAACGAUGCCGUCGGAUGGGACUAGAAUGUGUGGUCAACAAAAGUCUCCAGACAUUGCUGGAUGACGAAGCAGAGUGGAAAUCAACCAUUGAGCUUGCCAUGGCCGACUUACUCCGAAAAGCUCAAUUACCCGACUUAUCGUAUUACCAAGCGGCCGGAAAAUCAGCAGAGACGCCCCCGAAAAAGAGAGGCCGUAAAGAAUCCACCGUGUCAACGGAAGAUACCCCUCCGGCCACAGAAAUAAAUGGAGCGACUGUGUCAUUCGGUGCUGCAGUACGCCCCGGCGCUGAGAAGCCAAGUCUUCCUACGACAUCCCCAGAGCAACAGCCACAAUAUGCUAUUGACAGAGAAGAGAAUGGCGCAACCUCACUUGUCACUGCCCCGAUGGGAAGUUUGUAUGAAGUGACUCAGUUAAGCGAUUUCCGGGCUACAUCUCCCCAGCGACAGCAUGCACAUGAUCUUGUUACGGAUUUUGUCUCGCGAGGUGCAAUAGAUCUGCAAGAAGCAGAGGAAUUGUUUGACCACUUCGACCGUGUCCUCAACCGUUAUUUAUGGGAUGGUAUAUUACUCGUACAUAAGGAUCUUACUUCUUUGCGCAACUCAUCUUCAAUGCUCUCUGCUGCUAUUUUCGCCGUGACGGCCCUUCACCUCCCUCAUAAAGAACGGACUUUCGAUACCUGUUAUACCGAGUUCGCAAGAUUAGCAUCAGAGUCAAUGCUUGACCGGCAUCAUUCCUUAGAUGACUUGCGCGCAUUAUGUAUUGGGGCUUUCUGGCUUGCGGAUGUGAGCUGGAAACUGUCCGGGUAUGCCGUACGCAUUGCGACGGAGCGAAAUCUUCACCAAGCAUAUAGGAAAGCUACAUUGGGCUCUCCUGAGCACAAGGAACAGGCUAGGCUCUGGUAUCUUCUCUAUACUUUAGAGCACCACUUCUCUAUCGCCUACGGGCGCCCACCCAUAAUCCACGAAGACUAUAGUAUCACCAAUCAUCACACUUUUAUUCUGUCUCCAUCAGUAUCACAAUCCGACCUCCGCCUACACAGUCAGGUGGAUCUUUUCAUCAUACUCACCAGGAUAUACCAUGCUUUCGGUCCCGAUGUCGACUUGGAAGUUCCUGAAAGUGAAUUCUCCGUCAUUGAUAAGUUCGAUGCUGACCUCGGAGAGUGGCGAUCCGCAUGGCUACCGCGCUUAGCUGGAAGCCGGUACGUCGGCGCAUAUCCUUAUAAAGCUGUCUACCUGCAUUAUAAUUUCUGCCGAUUACAGUUGAAUUCUGUUGCCUUGCGAACUUACCAUUCCUCGAAUUCAACGCGUCCCAUGUCAGUUGAACGGAAGAAGCGCGCAAACCUAGCCAUUGAAUCUGCGAUUGGGACGCUCAUGGUUGUUCUAGAUGAACCUGACAUUCAACGGGCUUUGGUCGGUGUCCCGUUGUAUCUUCACAGCAUGAUCACAUUUGCCGCAGUCUUCCUACUGAAGAUUGCUGCCAAGGGAUGUUCCAGUGCCGUCCCUGGUAGCCAAAACCAACAGAACUCGAUUGCGUCGGCUGGCCUUCACAUCGACGUUUCGUACGUUCGUGCACUAGUCGGCCGAAUUAUCGACCUGAUGGUGUCCUGCAGCAAGCGCGCUAGUGAGCGCCAUCUCAGUCACCAUAUAUCGCGUGGCUUGAAGAAAAUGCUUACAGGACUUGAGGAGUGGGAGAAGAGAGGCUGUGGCAAUCAACAACCUUCUAAGCAAGGCUCUCAUGACAGUAUUUCAAUGUUCAAGCCCGUGUUAAUCCCUGGGGCUCAAACCCUAGGCGAGCGCGAUACAAUCUUGAAUCAUCCACCACCCCUUUUAGGGGUUGCUCCCUUAUCCGCAGAGAGAGGAAACGGCGUUGAACUGGGAUUGGAACAGCAAAACGGACUCUCUGAGGGCUCUAUUGAUCCUAUGAUGGCUGAUCUAUGGGGGUUCGAUGAAGAGUACUUUCCCACUGGGGUCUUCGAUUUCCUUCAGUCCCAGAUGCCGGCAUGA